AUGCCGUCGCAUUACAACCGUUAUAACACUACCAAAGUCUACUUGGAACCAAUUUAUCGCAACGCCACUCACUUAUACAAUACUUAUAAACAAUACUGCUCAGAAAAAAAUGCAGAUCCUAGAAAUAAAUUCAAUCAAACUAUCAAAUCGAAGAAUAUAGCUAUCCACACAAUAAAGAAGGACAUGUGUGAUGUUUGUGUAGGUCAUCAGACCGGUAAUAUAAGCGAAAUUGACUACCAAACACAUCUAAGAAGGAAAAAUCGAGCCCGUGAAGAAAAAUCUAUGGAUAAAAGUGAGGCGAUCAAGGGAAACUGCAUAGUUUUAACAAUGGAUUUACAAUUGGUUAAAAUGUGUCCGUUUAUCACAGCUAGUGCUGUUUACUAUAAAACAAAAUUAUGUGUACAUAAUUUUACCAUCUAUGAUUUAGCAUCUCAUGAGUGUACAUGUUACUGGUUUACAGAAACGGAAGGUGAUCUAUCAGCGUCUACCUAUGCGUCAUUUAUUAUUGAUUAUUUGACCCGCCAUAGCCUUCCCAAACAUCUACCCAUAAUAAUAUACUCAGAUGGCUGCACAAGCCAGAACCGAAACAAUAUAUUAUCGAAUGCUUUAUUAAAUUUCUCCAUGCAACAUCAAGUGGCUAUAAUACAAAAAUAUCUUGAAGUCGGACACACGCAGAUGGAAGGAGAUUGUGUACAUAGCGCUAUAGAAAGGAAAUUGAAAAAUAGGCUAAUCCACUUACCAAGUGAUUACCUGUCGGUUACCAAAGAAGCUCGCAAAAAUCCUUGUGAGUACGAAACUGUAAUGGUAGACUAUACAUUUUUCAAAAACUAUUCGGCUCCUGAAACAUGGCGCUACACUUCGAUCCGACCGGGACGCAAAGCUGGAGAUCCAAAAGUUACUGAUAUAAGGGCUAUUUUUUAUGACAACACAGGCCUGAUUAAGUUUAAAUUGGACUUUGACUCCGAUUGGGAUAGCCUCCCUCAAAGGGUUAAUAAAAUUGCCAUCAUAAGAGAGUACGCAUCCCUGCAUAGGAAUAGAAUACCUAUCACAUACCAAAAAUAUAAACAUUUACAGGAGCUAAAGUCUGUUAUCCCAUUGGACUGUCAUUCCUUUUACGACAGUUUACCUCAUAAUGAACAUUAA